UGUAAAUAUCGUGUAUAAUAAAUGUAUAAUAAUACAGUUUUAGUUUAGGAUGGUUCGGAUUAGGGUCUCGUAGUAUAUUCGUCGUAGGGUUAACAGUUACAAUCCCUUAUAUAUUUUGCAACUCUACACAUUUUUAAUGUACUUGGAAGAUACAAUACAUUAGGCUUGAAGAAGAGCAAAUUAGAUAUGGGCCGUUGUAACUAUGGGCUAUACAUUAUUGGAACGGCCCAUCUAGAAACUUUAAAAGGCCAGCAAUAAAAGAAGAUAUGGUGUCUCUCUACUCUGAAGCUAGAGGCUCUCAUACUCACUUCCACUACAGCAGAUAGAUAAGACGAAACACUAAUGUCUGUGUCCGCGAUCUUUGGCACCGGACUCGUCACCGUCGCUGCUUCUCCGGCUCUCCGCCAAUUCCAAACUCCUAAACUGGGAAACGGAGGAGGAUUAGGAAUGGUGAUAGAGUGUUCGUCGAGGCCGCAGAAGAAAUCGACGGCACAUCACAGGAAGACGAGGCCGAAGAAGACGCAGCCUUGGGACAUUAAGAGAAAGCCUACCGUUUAUGCCCCUCUCCCUCCUCUCCCUCCGGAUUGGUCUCCUCUCGCUCUUUCAUCCGACGGUAGUAGUGCCACCUCCGCCGGAGAUUUGGUUUCGGACGCCGUCGCGUAGUUACGAGUUAUCUAUCUGCUGGUCUGGUUGUAAUCUUGUCUGAAAGCUUUUGUUAUUUGUCUGUUUUCUGUUGAUUCAGUUUUCUUCUGAUGUGCGAUGUAUUGAAUGGAACAAACUGCAGUUUUUUUUUUCCCAAA